UUAAUGAUGAGGUAAUUUCUUCUAUACUUAAAGAAAAGAUAAAUAAUUUAGACUCUAAGAAGAAAAGAGGUUAUAUUGUGGAGGGAUACCCCAACAAUAAUCUUCAAGCAUAUAAUUGUCUCAAAUAUUUUCCUUCGCAUGUUUUUGUUCUAUAUGCCGAUGAAGAAUAUAUUUAUAAAAAAUAUGAAGAAGAAAAUGAUAUUGCCAUUUUUUCAAACACACAAAAAAAAGAAUAUGAAAUAAAUGAACUCUAUGAAAUAAAAGAUUUAAAUGUGAAACCUUUAAAAGACCAAGUGCUUUCAUAUAUAAGAAAUAUAUCCGAUAUAUUGACUAUCCUUGGAAGUAAUAAAAAUGUUUUGAACCUACACGAUUUUAAUGAGCAAAUGUUAAUUGAUCACGUUAAAAAUGAAAUUUCCAAAAAUAAAGAUGAAUGGGAUUCAACUUUAAACGAGGAUACUAUUUAA